UAUUUGCUUAAAGAAUAUAGAUAAAGAGUUAGUUACAUCGACAAUUUCUAGCGUAUACAUUCUGCAUCAGAAAUAUAGACUGCGUUAGACUUGGGAACCACAUAAAAUCUAAUUCAAUACUUCAAGUACCAAAUUGAAGCAAUUAUAACAUUGAGAACUAAAAUGACACAUAAAGCACACAUUGAGGGGGUUAAUUCACCCCCACAUAAGCAGUCAAAAAAUAGUAGAGUACUCAAAAGACUGGUUCAACAAAUUGCAAGUCAACUUUAACAGUUGCUAGUUAAGAAGUUAUCUAUACAACAAUCUGAUUUUUCCUUGCUCAAACUUGCUUAGCAGCCAUGGUUGUGAGCAACUCGUUGAAUAUAUCCUUUUUCUUCCUUCUCCUCAUCCAUUCUACAUCCCCACUGUAUUUUAACCUAUCCAGUAUCCGACCUGGUGAUACAAAUCACUCCAUAAAUGUCACUGGAGCUGCAUAUAUCACUGAAGAAGGUAUCCAAGUCACCCCAACUAACGUCACGUUAGGUGGAACCAUAGGUCGAGCCACAUACAUCCAACAGCUGCACUUAUGGGACAAGGCUUCAGGAGCACUGACAGACUUCACAACCCAUUUCUCUUUCGUAAUUGAUUCAAGUGGUAAUCCCAACUAUGCCGAUGGUCUAGCUUUCUUCCUGGCUCCUGUUGGUUCAAGUAUUCCUGCAAACGCGGCAGGAAGUGGUCUUGGUCUUGUUGGCGGGAACACAAUAUCAAACUUUCCUGAGAAUCAAUUUUUUGCGGUGGAGUUUGACACUUAUUCGAAUGGUUGGGAUCCCAAUUUCACACAUGUAGGUAUCAAUAUCAACUCCAUGAAAUCUGUUUCCACUGCGAUAUGGUUGAAUAAUAUCACACAAGGGCAAGAAAAUGAUGCUUGGAUUAGCUAUAAUUCUAGUUCCAAAACUCUGGAAAUUUUUUUCACUGGUUUUUCAAUUAUUGGAUCCCAAAAAGAUAGACUUUACUAUGUUUUGAACCUGAUGGAUUACUUACCAGAAUGGGUUACUUUUGGGUUCUCUGCAGCAACAGGAGAUUAUUUUGAGAUAAAUAAUGUUAAAAAAUGGGAGUUCAAUUCGAGUUUACAAUUUGAUGCUUAUGAAAGCAACCCAAGUCUAAGCCCAAAUCUUGACUCCAGUGUAGCGGCCACUAGAGUAAAGAAACACAAGAUAGGACUAGUGUUGGUGUUGGGUGUGAGCCUGAGUGUUUUGAUUGGUGGGCUGGGUUUGGUUGGCUAUUGCUUGUUGAAGAAGAGAAAAACUGAAGAAGAAGAGGAGCAUGUCUUUGAGUCAUCCAUGGAAGACCGAUUUGAAAAAGGUAGUGGACCAAAGAAGUUCUCAUAUGGUGCAUUGGUUUGUGCAACAAAAAACUUCGCAGAGCAAGAGAAGCUUGGAGAGGGAGGUUUUGGUGGAGUUUAUAGAGGUUUCUUGCGCGAAUUGAAUUCCUAUGUUGCUAUCAAGAGGAUAUCAAGGGGGUCCAAACAAGGGAUAAGAGAAUACGAGUCAGAAGUAACGAUCAUCAGUCGCUUGAGGCACAGAAACUUGGUGCAGCUCAAAGGUUGGUGCCAUGAGAAAAAAGAACUCCUACUUGUUUAUGAGUUCAUGGCUAAUGGUAGCUUAGAUUCACAUCUCUUCAAAAAAAUAGUGUUGUCAUGGAAUCUGAGGUACAACAUUGCCAAAGGCUUGGCCUCGGCAUUGCUCUAUCUGCAUGAAGGAUGGGAAGAAUGCGUAAUACAUAGGGAUAUAAAACCAAGCAAUAUUAUGUUAGAUUCAAAUUUCAAUGCGAAACUUGGGGAUUUUGGGUUAGCUAGGCUGGUUGAUCAUGAAAAGGGAUCGGAAACGACAGUUCUGGCAGGGACUUUGGGCUACAUGGAUCCUGAAUGUGUCAUAACAGGCAAGGCUAGCAAGGAGUCUGAUGUAUACAGCUUUGGAGUCGUUUGUUUGGAGAUAGCAUGUGGCAGAAAACCCAGUAGUUUUAGCGUGCAAGAAAGUCAGAUGACAAUUGUAGAAUGGGUAUGGGACCUUUAUGAAUCAGGAAAGAUUCUUGAAGCAGCAGACCAAAAACUAUGUGUGGAUUUUGACAAGCAAGAAAUGGAAAGGUUGUUGGUGGUUGGCCUUUGGUGCACUCACCCAGAUUACCAUCUCCGGUCGUCGAUAAGGCAAGCUACUCUUGUCCUUAAUUGUGAAACUCCAUUGCCUAUUCUCCCAUCAACGAUGCCGCAUGUCCCAAGAAGUUUUGGUCCCCCAGCAAAUAUGCCUAUAUCUUGGCUCUCUUCAUCUGGUGGCACCACUAUUUCACAGAUUAGCUGAAUUUCCUCCAAGUCUUCCACAUCCUCAGAAUCUUUUUCCUCAUCUGGAUAAAUCCAAUUCAGAGAAUAUCUGGCAAAAGAUAUGUAUGAUAUUUGUCUGUUAUCAGGAAAAAAUACAAAAAAUAAAUUAGAUCUUAUAGGUGUAAAAGGAUAGAAAGAUGCAAAUGCUUCCUUUGGUUCUUGUUCACGACUAUAAUAUACAAAAAGAAAAAGUAAUGAAAGGGUAUGUUUCAUUUUUUAUUCUGUUUUUUUUUUUUAGGUUAAGAUAAAAUCAAAAAGACUCUUUUAACUUUAUGUUGUAACUGAUAUUAUUGAAAUUCAUCUACAAUCAUUUAUGCAAGUCUUCAAUGUUCGAUUGAGGCUUUGCUGUAGCCUGUAAGGUAAUUGCAAUUGCCACAGCCCAAAUAAAUGUUUCCAGUAACACAUAAAUGAGGGAUGUCUGAUGAAUAUAGGCUGUGGUUCUCUAGUUCAAAUAAUUUCAUGUUAUACUUAAAUGACAUAAUUUAAAUUUGUGUACUGAAAGACUCUUGAUGGUAGGCUUUCUUUGAUUAUCAUCCAUACAAGAACUGAUGGUUUUGACCUGAACAAGUUGUAUUAAAAAAAGAUUUCUGAAAUGCUAACUAAAUGGACCUUUCCAGAUUAUUUACGGCUAUGCUAAAGGUGAAUAUAUGUUUUAGCAGCUAGAGUACUGGGGGCUAUGAUGAAUACUCUACACUGGUUCAGUUUUUUAAUAUGCUAUCCAGGAAGGUGGUGGGAGUCCCACCAGAAAAAUAUGUGUGGAUAAGUGACGACUUCAGCAUCGAUUGUAAUAAGUGGGUCAAUUUUAUGUAUAAAGACUGCUUUUGCUGUGACAUACUAUGGCAGUAGCUACAUUGCUGCCUUAUCUGGUAUGUGUGUCUAUCACAUUUGAUUCUAGUAUUAGUUGUAACUUACACAAUACUUACAAAUUCAUCUACAGGAGCGCUUUAAUACUCAGAUCUAAAGUCAAUAAGCUUUUCAGUUAUCAGUGUUACUUUCAACUAACAUAUUAAUAGUGGUUAAUCUUACAUGAGGAGUAAGGAGUAUUAAUCUAAGAUGCAAUUUUCUAUAUUGGAUUUUACCAUUUUUCCCAGUGAGGAAUUUCCUUUACCAUCUUGCACAAAUUAUAUGGUGAAGAAACUCCAGAGAAAAACAGAGUGUGAGGUCCAUAUACGAAUAGAAAUUUCUGCACAAAUUCUCUUACUCGCACAUCGUUCGCCGAGAAAGCUCCACC